GAUGCCAAUCAAAGCAUCAACUUCAAAUUGUAUCUGAGAGAUCAGCCUGGAAGACCUCAGGGCCAGGCGCGUCAGUCGGAGCGCAAUUGUUGAUCAGAUCACAUCCAGCGGACUUUGCGCACAGAAAAAAAAAGGAAGAAAAAAACAGAGAGAAGAAGCUGAGAUUUAAAAGGCGGUUUGUUCCCACUGCGUCCCUUUCACCCCGGCUUUUUAAACACUUUCCCUUUUUUUUUCAUCUUCUUCUUUUUUUAACUUAUCCUGGUUCUUCUCCCUUUUUUUGUUUUCCGUGUCUUGUCGGCACUUUUUUUAUUUUUAUUAUUUAUUUAUUUUUAUUUAUUUUAUUAUUUUUUUACGCACAGUUUUUUUUUUCGCGUGAGUCGGAGCUGUGUGACAAUCCAGCGGCGGAGAUGUCUUUCCCGCAGUUAGGCUACCCUCAGUACCUCGGUGCCUCCCAGGCGGUGUACGGGAGCGAGAGGCCGGGGGUGCUGACGCCGUCGUCCCGGGGAGGGAGCACGGAGAUCGGAGGGAGUCCAUCCGCCACCGCGGCGGCUGUCACCUCGGUGCUGGGCAUGUACGCAAACCCGUACGCGCACAACUACAGCGCGUUCUUACCGUACACCAGCGCGGACCUGGCUCUGUUCUCACAAAUGGGGUCCCAAUAUGACCUGAAGGACGGUCCUGGCGUCCACCCUGCCACCUUCGCAGCCCACACGUCCCCCGCCUUCUACCCGUACGGCCAGUUCCAGUAUGGAGACCCCGCAAGGCCCAAGAACGCCACACGGGAGAGCACCAGCACCCUGAAGGCCUGGCUCAACGAGCACAGGAAGAACCCGUACCCCACCAAGGGUGAGAAGAUCAUGCUGGCCAUCAUCACCAAGAUGACGCUGACGCAGGUCUCCACCUGGUUCGCCAACGCCAGGAGGAGGCUGAAGAAGGAGAACAAGGUGACGUGGGGGAACAGGAGCAAGGAGGACGGGGAGGACGGCCACCUGUUCGGCAGCGGCGACGAGGCGGAGAAGAACGAAGACGAGGAGGAGAUCGACUUGGAGAGCAUAGACAUAGACAAGAUAGAUGACAACGACGGGGAUCAGAGCAACGAGGACGAGGACGACAAGUCCACGGAGGGGAGCAGGGACCACAGGGGGGGCUUAGUGGUGCCCGGGGAGUUGGACAGCUUGGAGAAACGACGGGCCUUUGCCCUGCAGGCCCACGAGGCCUUUGAGAAAUCCAAGAUUUCAGCCCACGCUGGCGGGAAGGAGAACUCUGACGGCAACAAUAACAACACGCGGGUUUUAUCCCCGGACAGACCGGGGGGCUUCCCCCUUCCAUCCAGCAAUAAACCCAAAAUAUGGUCUUUAGCAGAGACCGCCACAAGUCCAGACAGCUCGUCCCAGAAACCCACGUCCCCCUGCGGCCCGGGGGCCACCACUCACCCGGCAGCACCCCACCACCAAAUCCAGACCCACCCAGCCUUCCUUCCGAGUCAUGGACUGUACACGUGCCAGAUUGGAAAGUUCCCCAACUGGACAAAUGGGGCUUUCCUGGGCCAGAACUCCCUGCUGAACGUCAGGUCGUUUCUGGGAGUAAACCAGCACCACCACCACCACCAUCAUCACUUAUCCUCCCAGCAGCAGCCCGCGUCGGUGGUCGUGUCUCCGGGAGCGGCGCUCAGCGACAACACCAAGGCCCCACCAGAGACCCCCAGCCCCAAACACAUAGAGCAUGAAAACGGAGUAAGACCUGAUUCACCUCCGACACAGACCCUGAAGUCUUCGUUUCGUCCCAUUCAUGACAGAUCCUCUCUGCCUUCCAGCGCCAGGAGUCCCCAAGAAGCCACGCAGCGGGUCCUCACUGCUCUCCCCUCGGCUUGAUCAAGACAUAUUUUUUUCCCUUUUUCUUUUUUUUCUUUUUCUUUAUUUUUACUUUUUCUUCCCAUGCUUAAAAAUACGUACACACUUUCAGAGAGGACAAGCAAAGACAGCAAAAUAAUAAAAAAAGAGACUUUACGCCACGCAAGAAAAAAGGAAAUGAGAAAUAACGCAGUGUUGCAGUCAGACGAACAAAUGGCGUCAUUUGGUAAUAUCCUGUGGGUGGAUGGAUGGAUGGAUGAAUGGAUGGAUGAAUGGAUGGAUGGAUUACUUCCUCUAUUGUUGUGUAGCCUAUAAUUCGCGCCUAUAAUGUUACUCUAUCUUCCACUUUGCCCAGGCAGACUGGGACAUA